AUGGCUUCAGAUCUUGAGCAGCUCAUAGAAAUGGGCUUUCCCCAAGAGCGCGCCGAGCUCGCAGUCAAGGCCACUGGUGGCCUGCAAGGCGCCAUGGACUGGAUCGAGAAGAAUCAGGAUAAGACCGUGGACGAGAUCAAGGCCGAGCAAGCCGACGCCGCCGAAGAGCCUCCCGCACUCAAGCCCGGUGAAGUAGCACAGUCACUCGUCUGCGAUGACUGUGGCAAGAAGUUCCGCUCCGCCCCACAGGCCGAGUUCCAUGCCGACAAGUCUGGCCACCAGAACUUCAGCGAGUCGACCGAAGAGCUCGCCCCGCUCACCGAAGAGGAGAAGAAGCAGAAGCUCGAGCAGGCAAAGGCCAAGCUCGCGGCCAAGCGUGCGGCACAGGCAGAGGCGGACAAGGAAGAUAAGAAGCGAAACGAGCAGAUCCGCAUGAAGGCUACCAAGGAGUCGCAGGACAUCAAGGAGGCACUGCAGGCAAAGGAGCGCAUAAAGGAGGCACAGGCAAAGCGCGCUGAGAAGAAGGCAGACGACGACGCCCGGAAGCGUGUCCUCGCCAAACUCGAGGCCGAUAAGCAGGAGCGCAAGCGGAAAGCUGAGAUCGAAAAAGCACAGCGCGCGGGUCAGGCUCCUCCACCGGCUCCUGCACAGGCACCCAUGCCAACGUCCUCGGGCCCAACUACAAGCAAGCCGGCCAGCGCGUAUACAGAGGCGAGACUGGCGCUGCAGACGAGCAAUGGUCGCGUCACCAAGACCUUCCCGGUUGAGACAACGCUGUUUGAGGUGGCACACGCGCUCGAGCAGGAUGGUCUCGAGGUCAACUCCUUCUCGACUACGUUCCCCAAGAAGACGUUCGACAAGACUGAUUUUGGCAUGACGCUGAAGGAGGCUGGCUUUGUCCCGAGCGCUGCUUUGGUCCUCAAGUAGAGGUGGGGAAUUAUCUGGGACUUCAUAUAUGGCGACGUGUUACGAAUCACGGUUACGAAAAUUGCAUGAAAGGGCGUUGAGGGGGCGAGAUGAUAGUCGAAUAGUAGAACAUGUCCAAAACAGUUGAAAUUCAAGCUGAUGGCUUGAAAGUAGACAUGAUUAUGCGAGGCAAAACAAUUUCAAGAUCAGAUUUCGAGUCUC